CAUAAAAACAAAUACAAAAAUGAAUAUUAAAAUAUUUCCGUUGACAGCGGAUGCAACGUUGGCGCAGCCACGACGUCGCGUAAUGAAACUGCAACGGAAACAUAAAAUGCCGGAAAUAUGCUCAUGGCUAAUUGUUGCCGCUGCCGCCGCCUCGGCCACUUGGCUGACCCUCUCCCGGUCACUGGCUGCCGCACAGGAUGACGACGACAGCGAAAUGCAUCAGCAUCAUAUGGAUCUGCUGCUCCAUCAGCAACAGCAUUCGGAUUUCAUUAUUGGCGAGUCCGAGGAACGGGAUCACAUAGCACAUCACUUGGCGGAAAUGCAAAACCACGAGGAGCUGCUGGAAGACAUACGCGACGAUACGGCCGUUAAUGUGAUACCAGAGAAAGAUCUGCCAAAAUUUGGCGAACUCCUGCAGAAUGUCACGGUGCCCGUCAGUCGGGAGGCUAUCCUCCAAUGCGUUGUCGACAAUCUACAAACAUACAAGAUUGCGUGGCUACGUGUCGAUACACAAACGAUUUUAACGAUACAAAAUCACGUCAUAACUAAAAAUCAUCGCAUGAGUAUUACUCACGCCGAGAAACGUGCCUGGAUACUGCGUAUACGUGAUGUCAAGGAGUCCGACAAGGGCUGGUAUAUGUGCCAAAUAAACACGGAUCCGAUGAAAAGUCAAGUGGGCUAUUUGGACGUUGUCGUGCCGCCAGACAUACUGGACUAUCCCACCAGCACCGAUAUGGUCAUCCGCGAGGGCUCAAAUGUAACCUUAAAGUGUGCAGCGACCGGUUCACCAACUCCGACGAUAACCUGGCGACGCGAGGGUGGCGAACUGAUACCACUGCCCAGUGGGGCCGAGGCUAUCGCAUACAAUGGUUCGUUUCUGACCAUUGCCAAAGUUAAGCGCUUGAAUAUGGGAGCCUAUCUCUGCAUUGCCUCCAAUGGCAUCCCGCCAACAGUCAGCAAACGUGUCAUGCUCAUUGUGCAUUUUCCGCCAAUGAUUUGGAUACAAAAUCAAUUAAUCGGCGCCGCUCUGGGCCAGAAUAUUUCACUGGAAUGCCAAUCGGAAGCGUAUCCCAAGUCAAUCAACUAUUGGAUGAAGAAUGAUACGAUUAUUGUGCCUGGUGAACGAUAUGUGCCCGAAACCUUUGAAUCGGGCUAUAAAAUAACAAUGCGGCUGACCAUCUAUGACGUUGACAUUUCGGACUUUGGAGCCUAUCGCUGUGUAGCCAAGAACUCGCUGGGCGACACAGAUGGUGCUAUCAAAUUGUAUCAUAUUCCACAAACAACAACAAUUACAACAAUGUCACCAACUGUAUCGAUCAAUACCGUACCCGGUGUUAUAGUCAAGUACAACAAAGAGCAACGAUACAGCAGCAACAGCAAUUCGAAUAGCAAUAAUCCAUACAACUACAACAACCAGCAGGGCAACAACAAAUCGCUGCGCAACAAGCCCAAGGCCUUGGAUCAGACGCCCUCCACACUGAACAAUGUUUAUAUGGGCGCCACGUCGAGCUUAUGGAACUCACAGGAUCACCACUCGCAGGCCAACUCGCGGGGCAGAGAUCAUCAUCAGCAGCAGCAACAGCAGCAUCAGCAGCAGCAGCAUCUUGUGCCUGAUCACAGUGCCACGUACCGUGGGGAUGGGAAGAACACGCCACUCAAACACGACGCCAAAUCGCUAACCGAUGAAAUGGAUCGCAUGCAGGACCUCAAGAGCCGGGGCAUGCCUCUCAGCAGCAGCAGCAGCACAUGCCCCCAACUGUUGGCCGUCGUUGCCCAUGUCGUUGUCUAUCUGGGUGUGCGGAAUGCCUAGUUGCAAAACAGACUUUAAAUGCAAUUUGUACAAAAUAUAAAAAUUGAGAAAAAUACAAAAAAACCAAAGUUCGUAAUCGUAAGCAAAUAGUUUUGUAAGCAAUAAUUUCUCACACAUCGAUUUCGCCCCCGAUUAAAUGCUAGUUGAUAUUAUUGUUUAGCGCUUAGCUCGAUUGAAAUAAUGUACGUGUAAAAAGUUGUUGUUGUUUAGCGAGUAAGUUGAAAAGGUUAUUCUGAAUUUGACAGCAUCUAAAAGAGAGACAGAUACUUACAUCGGAAAUACAAAGUAUUAGCAUGUAAAACUGAAGCGAAUCGCACAUGGGGUGAGCAGAUAAUGUACUACAACUUAACUUACACCUACAUCUAAAUCUAAAUCUAGGUUUAAAUCAAGUGGUCAGCCAGCGCAACCCAAAAUGUCAAUGAAAUGUUGCUAAAUCCCUUUUACUUUAGGCUCAUUUUAAGCUUCUUUUUUGUGCACC